AACAAGUAGUUUUGACUCAUUUUCUCUUCAAAAUCUCAUAUUUUACAGUUUCCAUCAAUCCAAAUCCAUUUUUUUCUUGCAGAGAGGAACUGUUGUUGAGAAACUCUCAGAAGUGACACUGAGGGACCAAAGCCAUCUAAAUGAACUUUUAACUCUCUGUGAUGGUAACAAAAAGAAAGAGAGAACAAAACUUCUUUUCUGCAUGAUAUCACAGCACAUUACCUGAUUAUGUUUUAUUGUCUAACAGCUCAAAGACAAAUAGGAGAAACUUCUCUGAAUGGAAUGAGCUCUAGAUCUCAUCAGAUUCUGCGCUUGGUAUGUACAGUAUGUCUUUUACCAUUAGUAUUUCCUGUAAUUUUUGGAAAUGAAAAAUCGGUAAGAAAUGUGAAAGAAAAUAAAAAAACGAAACAAAAGAAAAGUCUGUUAGAAAAUGAGACGUGACGAGAAACAAUUGUUUUCUUCUUAGUUAACAAUGCAACAUCUCACUUUUUUUCAGACGGUCGAAAGUUCAGCAAAGCAAUAUUCCCGCUCUCAAAAUAACAGCACUCUCUCAGCUGCAGUGGUAUGGAAGUGCCCACACUAUAAGAAACUGUAUUUUGUGAUACAUUGUCGACAUGGUAAUGCUAUCUUAACCGCAUGGAUGACACCAAGAUUGACACCAUUAGAGACAAUUACGCACAAAUACUGGUGGUGUCAAUCUUGACCUCAUCCCUUGGUGUAACUGUAGCAUGAUCCUUGUCGAUAUAACUACAACAUCGGCAAGUAAGUAUAAGGAAUACUAACUUUUCCCCCUUUUCUUCGUAAUGUAGAACUUUAUCGAUCUUGCUGGAAGCGAGCGUGCUUCUCAAACAUUAUCAGCUGGCACAAGACUGAAAGAGGGUUGCCAUAUAAACCGCAGUCUGCUAACCCUUGGGACUGUCAUUCGCAAACUCAGGUGGGCCAUAUUGACUUGAUUCUAAGGGACAAGACUCAUAUUUCUAGUCUUAUAUGUUCUUUUUUUUUUUUGUGAGCAGCAAAGGAAGAAAUGGGCACAUCCCAUUUAGAGACUCCAAGCUAACACGAAUACUGCAAAACUCUCUAGGAGGGAAUGCAAGAACAGCCAUCAUUUGUACGAUGAGCCCUGCGCGCAGCCAUGUUGAGCAGUCCAGAAACACACUAUUGUUUGCUACCUGUGCCAAACAGGUUGCAACCAAAGCUCAAGUCAACGUGGUGAUGUCUGAUAAAGCAUUGGUUAGACAACUCCAGAAGGAAUUGGCAAGACUUGAAAAUGAACUCAAGGCGCUGAAAUCGCGUUCUGUGGAUGAAAAAUCUGCUUUGGUGCUCAAGGAGAAAGAAGAUGUCAUUGAAAAGGUUAACUUCUUCCUAUCCGACUUCGGUUUCUUAUGUAUUUUGCACUAAGCAUAAUAAUCAUAUCAUCCAGAUGAACAAAGAAAUGAGGGAGUUGAUGAUGCAGCGGGACAUAGCUCAAUCUCGGAUGCAAAAUUUGCUACAUUCAAGAACAUCAUGGGUAUGAAAAUGAACACAUAAACAUAAUUUUUUUCAUAUUUUCAAUUCUGCAAAUGCCCAAUUUAUGUUCAUUUUCAUUUAGGGGGAGAUGAGUUACCAAUCAGAAACCCCUGAAGAUUACAUCGAUGCAUCCGAAGCCUCAGAAACUCCUUUCCAUCAUCAUCAUCAUAUAGCAGAGGCUUCAGCAUCAUCUAGAUUUGACGAUGCUGUCGUUGAUGAGGCAGCCAUUGAUGAAGACCAGUUUCUCUCCAAUGAUACCUCUCCCAGACUCUUCAUCGACAAGUUUUUCGGGCCCAACCCGUGCCAGGACUUGCUCCAAGCUCAUCGUGCUCAUAGAUCUGACAAUAGUUUUGCUUCUGAUAGCUGCAAGGAAGUUCAAUGCAUAGAAAUGGGCGACGACUCUCGAAUUGCAGCCGCGAAAGUGGAUCUGGGCGGUUAUUAUCCGGUCGAUUUUGACGAGAUCGCAAUUUCUGCGGAAUCUAAGAAAUUUUCGGCCAAUGACAAUGAGGACUUCUUGGACGUGAUUGUAAAGGAGCACAAGUUCAAGAUCUCGAUGGACGAAGAUGACGGCGGCGUCACAGUUCACGAAGACGUUGAAGCUAUGCCGGAAAAACAGUUCCGGUGCGGGAAUGAAGAUCCCAAAGAAGUUGAUGAUGGCGAUUUGGAACACAGAGAUGACGAGUCGGAGUGGCCGCAGGAGUUCGAGAAGAAGAGAGGAGAGAUCAUUGAACUUUGGGAUGCGUGCCAUGUGCCAUUGGUGCACAGAACAUACUUCUUCCUUCUCUUCAAAGGAGACCCGUCGGACGCCGUUUACAUGGAGGUCGAGCUCCGACGCUUACACUUUCUCAAGAACUCGUGGUCUCAAGGAGAAAGAAAGCUAAAAGAUGGCCAGAAUUUAACCGAGGCUGCAAGCAUCAAAAGCAUGAAGCGAGAAAGAGAGAUGUUGUGCAAGCAAAUGCUAAAGAUAUUCAAUGUAAACGAGAGGAACAAACUGUUUCAAGAAUGGGGGAUCGGGCUGAACACGAAGCAAAGGAGGCUACAGCUAUGCAAUAAGCUAUGGAAAGACAGCAGAGACAAGGAGCAUCUGAAGCGAAGUGCGUCGCUCGUUGCCAAGCUGGUCGGGAUCGUGGAGACCAAUGAUGCCUCUAAGGCUAUGUUUGGGCUCAACUUUGCACCACAGCCGACGAAUCACCUCAGGUCCUAUAGUUGGGCUGCCCCACGAAUGCCUUUCAUGGCAUGAUAUAUAAGUCCGCGAGGAUACUACACACAUGUGUGUAAAUUUAUCUUUUUAUUGCCCAAAAAUAUGUCAUUCUCGACUUCUUUGUUAGAAUUCUAGUCAUCAUUGUCAAGUAUUUUUCUUCUCCUUCGAAUUUUUUUUGGGGUCGUUUUGGAGUGCCAACCAUAUUCGUGCAUAAAUCUGGUGUGUUUAU